GUUUAUUCUUUUCUGUUCUUUUUCGAUUAUAAACGCCGUGGCCGCGCACCAUGACGCUUUUCAUCCUCACUGAGACCAGCGCGGGCUAUGCCCUGCUGAAGGCCAAGGACAAGAAGCUCCUCAAGCGUGAUGAUAUCGCCGAGGAGGCCUCUACUGCGGAGGGUGUCUCCAAUCUUCUCAAGCUGAAGAGCUUCCAGAAGUUUGACAGCGCUGCCUCAGCUCUGGAGGAGGCUGCCUCCAUCAUGGAGGGCAAGGUCACCCCCCGCCUGGCCUCGCUUCUUGACAGCAUCAAGGAUGAGAAGAAGGUGUCCCUCGCCGUUGCCGAUACCAAGCUCGGAAACUCCAUCAGCAAGCUUCCCGGUCUUGACAUCCAAUUGAUUGCUGACUCCACCACCAACGAUAUCUUCCGUGCCAUUCGUGAGCACCUCACAACCCUCAUUCCCGGUCUUGCCCCCAGUGAUAUGUCUACCAUGUCCCUUGGUCUGUCCCACUCUCUCGCCCGUCACAAGCUCAAGUUCUCGCCCGACAAGAUCGAUACUAUGAUCGUCCAGGCCAUUGGUCUUCUCGAUGAUCUUGACAAGGAGCUGAACACCUACGCUAUGCGUGUUAAGGAAUGGUACGGAUGGCACUUCCCCGAGCUGGCUAAGAUCCUCAACGACAACAUUGCCUACGCCAAGCUCGUUCUGAAGAUGGGUAUGCGCUCCAACUGGGACUCCGCUGAUCUUGCUGAGAUCCUCCCCGAGGAGAUCGAGGGUGCCGUCAAGGCUGCUGCCGACCGCUCCAUGGGUACCGAGAUCAGCCCCGAGGAUCUGGAGAACAUCCAGGCUCUUGCCGAGCAGGUCGUUGGCUUCUACGAGUACCGCUCCCAACUUGCUAGCUACCUUACUUCCCGCAUGAACGCCAUCGCACCCAAUUUGACUGCCCUUGUCGGUGAUCUUGUUGGUGCCCGUCUUAUUGCCCACGCUGGUUCCCUUACCAGCUUGUCUAAGAGCCCCGCCAGUACCAUCCAGAUUCUGGGUGCCGAGAAGGCCCUUUUCCGUGCCCUCAAGACUAAGCACGAUACUCCCAAGUACGGUCUGAUCUACCACGCUUCUUUGAUCGGCCAGGCCACCGGCCGCAACAAGGGAAAGAUGGCCCGUAUCCUCGCCGCCAAGGCCUCUCUUGGUAUCCGUGUCGACUCCCUCACCGAGUGGGCUGACGAUGCCACCGAGGAGGAAAAAUGUGCUCUCGGUACCGAGGCCCGCUUCAACCUUGAGCGCAAGCUUGCUGGUAUGGAGGGCAAGCCCAUUAAGCCCCGUGGUGUGGCCAUUGCCCCCAACGGUGUUCAGGCCGAGAAGUUCGACUUGAAGGAGGCCCGCAAGUACAAUCCUGAUGCUGAUGCCUUGGCCUCCGAGGAGCCUGCCGCUGUUCAGAAGUCCAAGAAGGAGAAGAAGAAGCUUGUAGAGGAGGUUGAGGAUGAGGAGAUGGCCGACGCCGACUCUGAUAAGGAGGCUGAGGAUUCUGAUGAGUCCGAGGAUGAGGCACCCAAGAAGAAGUCCAAGAAGAGCGACAUUGAGGAAUUGGCUGCUAAGGCUGGUCUCAGCGUUAAGCGAUACGAGCGGAAGCUCGAGCGUGGCGAGAUCACUUUCGAUAAAGCGGGCAAUCCCACUUCAAUCAGCAAGAAGGACUUGAAGAAGUCCAAGAAGGAUGCCAAGAAGGCUAGCAAGGACGAUGGCAAGAAGCGCAAGCGUUCCGAAGACGAGGAUGAGAAGAAGAAGAAGAAGUCCAAGGGAGAGUAA